AUGCAACCCAUAAGAAAGUCGCCAUUGGUGCCCUCUGCGCCGGAACUCAACAAAUUGCGGUGGUCUGGCUGCUGUAUCCGUAUCCUGGUAACUUCCUCUUCCCCCGCAACUGACGCUUGGCGUUCUCCUUCCACAACUUCUCGAAGCCAGUCAUCAUCCUCCUCCCCACUAUCGCUUCUUGCAUUUGCUUCUCGCCGCAUGAGCCGGAAUUGUCGCUGGAUCAGUCUGAUUUCAUCGUCACUAAAGCCUGCUAAAGAUAGUCUCUGGAAACCCCUCGGCGUAAGAUUUGGGAUAAUUAUUCUCACGUCACCGUUGACAUCAACAGUAGAAAGCAUUAGGGAGGGAUCGUCAUCGCCUCGUUCACCAGUUCCACUGGUCGUUUCUUCCGUGCCUUCCGUACCCUGGCGGUGCGACGGUCGCGGUCGCUCUGACACAGCGGCGUGUAGAAAGGAGCCUUCCGUGAGUAUCUCUGCAAGUGGAAUGUCAUGGUCGCGAACAAGCUUUCCCGAGCUGAUAAUUCUAAUGCGAACCAAAGCUGGGUCGAGCUUCUCCUUUUCCAAGAUGCGUGAAACGACGGUAGAGACAGGCUGGGAUACAUCAAGCUCAAACUCAUGGACUGUGCCGCCCGGCAAGCCGAUGCGAACGGGGCGGAUGUCCCGCUUCUCCGAUUCUGCAUGUGGUAAGAUGACGUCCGUCAUCACACGCGGACGGGCGCGUCGCUUGAGAGCGGAUCAGCACUCCUCCUCUCCUGAAGACGACGUCGUUGUCAGAGCCUUCAGACGAGAAGUGGUCAUAGGGAAACAGGAAGGAUGUUGUGCGCAGGCACCAAAGCAACGGGACAUGUCGCCGAUGUCGCCUACGCAACCCUCAAGUGGCAUUUUCUACGAGAGUUCUGUAAGGAAUAUCCCAUAG